GAGUGAUAUUCUGUAUUGUAGAGGUUAUAAAGUUUAUCAAAUUGCAGAUUUAUCUUUCCUAACCAGUCAUAUUGUUUAAUCGUAAGUUAAAAUCAAAGUUUUUAAUUAAUUCAUGAAAUGUAUACAAACUCCUCAUCAAGUUUACUGUUGAAUGAUCAUUUUUCAAAAGUAUAGUAAGAAUUACAUCAUCAAACCAGAGUAAAAAUGGAGAGCACUCGAGAACGUUAAAUUCAUCAUCCAGAUCAAUUACAAUAAACGAUUCCUUUGGGGAUCUUGGACGUUGAAUUGAAAGGAACGUAAUUAAUGAGUACAGAGAUCAAUACGAAUGGUAGUGCUAAGGCACAGCAAUCAUCCAACAUCUGUGUCGGUCCAUCGAGCUCAGACCCUACAAAUUCAAAUCCAUUGAGUAAAUCAAAGAAGCGACGUCUCAGAAAAAAGAAGAAAAAGCCCUUGAAGUCGCCUGAUGCUCCCGACAAAGCUUUGACAGAGCCGAACUCAGCUUCCACUCCCGUUGUAAAUCCAUCAUCCAACGGAAUAAAACAGAAUCUAUCAAAAAGUGAGAAUAUUGAAAAAUCUGUUCCAGAGAAAAAGAACUCUCCUAAAAAAGUGAUUGAUAUUUCUCGUGGUGGUGACAAAUCAAAAUCUAUUAGACCUGCUGGUGCUAAUCCAAAUACGAUCCAGAGUGACAAGUCUAGAUCGGAAAACUCCAAGAAACAAAUCAAUACGGUUUCUGAAUCGAUACGAUUGGAUGGUGGUAAGCAGGAGAAGAAAUCAAAAGGGAAUUGCGGUCCAGAUAGGCCUAGUUCUCUCACUGAGGUGAGAAACGUUCCCAUCAAUUCUGAUCCUAGUAUCGACAAGAAUUUGUCGUUGGAGGGCUCAUCAGCAAUUGCUGAGAGAUUAGCAAUUGUAGAGAAGCUAUUUGAUAGUCCUGCUUUUUCUCAUAUUGUUGAUAGAAUUCAAGUAGAGACUGAUACGAGGCAAGACCAAUCUAGAGUUAGUGACUCACCAGUCAAUCAAAAACCUCCAGUUUCAGCUGAACCAAAAGUUAGCCAACUGAAUCAAAAGCCAGCAAACAUGAAUACAAAGUCGAGGGAAGAGGUGAUGGCCGAACGAGAGGCCAAAAAAGCAGCAAAAGCUGCCGCCAAGGCUGCCAAGUCAAAGCCGAAAUCAGCUGAUGUUCCCGUUGAUAGUGCCAAUAAACCUGCUCAAUGUGCCGAGAAGGACACAAAGAUACCAACUUCUCAAAAUGAGGUAGCUGCCACUGAAGAUGCAACUAAGGUAAUUCAAGAGACAAGCACAGUGCCGAGUCGAGUGUCGGAUGUCGUGGAUGGAACGGCCAUGCAUAUGAAACGAAACCUUGCGCAGCUCAUAAACCACCAAGUACCAGAAACGAAGAAAGAUGUACCUUUGAAAAUCGAAGAGGUGAAAAAGUCUGAACCACCCACAGAGAAGAGUAAAGCCGAGCUGAAAGCUGAGAGGAGAGCUAAGCAGGAAGCACAGAGAGCAGCAAAGGCAGCAUCCAAGGCAGCUGAUCCUGACCAAGCCAAGAAAACCGAGGAGAAGAUAGAAAAACAAGUCAAGGCAGCAGUAGAAACUGUUAAAGAGAAGGUUGUACGACUGCAUGAAUCAAACGUGCCAAACAGUGAGGGUCAGUAUAUGAUCAAACUCUUCAGUCAUCUUCGUUUGAACAAGGAAAGAUUAAAAGAAGAUUAUGAAAAUCUACAUCCAGCAAUCAUCAAGCUGGGAAUUCAGUAUGAAAGUAGAAUAGUUUGUGGAUCAAAUGCUCGAUGCGUUGCUCUGCUGUAUGCAUUAAAAAAAAUGUUGAGCGAUUAUUGCACGCCGUCGAAACAAGAGUUUGCUCGAGGAGUGGAGAGUGUGGUGGCUCGGUCGCUGGCCUACCUGGACCAGUGUCGCCCCGCCUCCGUCUCCAUGGUCAACGCCGUCAGGCACAUUAAGCGCCAUCUCACUCAGAUACCCAACACACUCUCCGAUUUGCAGGCAAAACAAAAAUUGUACGAUGUAAUCGAUACGUACGUGAGAGAGCAGAUUGACGUAGCCGGCGAAGCAAUAAGCAACACUGUGCAGAAGAAAAUAACAGACGGCGAUGUAAUAUUGACUUAUGGCUGCUCGUCACUUGUACGCAGAAUCUUGACAGAAAGUCACAAAAGCGGCACUAAGUUCUCGGUGAUUGUAGCGGACGGCGCGCCCUGGUUCGAGGGCCGCGAAAUGCUGAAGCGGCUGGUGAAAGAAGGCCUCACAUGCAGCUAUGUGCCCAUUUCAGCCGCCAGUUUUGUCAUGAGAGAGGCGAGUAAAGUAGUAGUUGGAGCGCAUGCGUUGUUGGCGAACGGAUGUGUGGUGUCGCGUGCGGGCACAUCGCAGCUGGCAUUGUUGGCACGCUCCUACAAUGUCGCCGUCCUUGUCUGCUGUGAGACGCACAAGUUCUCCGAACGCGUGCAGACCGACGCUUUCGUCUACAACGAACUUGGAGGUGUUGAGAGAGAACAAAAGGAGAAACGACUGAGCCUAGCGUACGACCUGACCCCUCCCGAUCUGGUGACAGCCGUCGUCACAGAGGUGGGCAUUCUGCCCUGCACCAGUGUCCCUGUCAUUCUACGCAUCAAGCCAUCUGAGUCUGUUGUUUGAGAUCUUAUUAGUGAAUUAUUUUUAAAUAUUAAAAUGCGUAUAUAACUA